CCCUACAGCCGACUACAGCCCGGAGUCCGGAGUGCUGCCGUGCUACCGUGCUACUGCGCUAACCUGAGAACUCACUAGCCACCAUGGCUGGAGGAAGUGACAAGUUUGCUAUUGUAGCAUUUCCUGAAGAAGAUCACAGCUUGGCCAUUAUUCACAAAACAUGGCUCGUUGAAAACACUGAAACAACAUUUUGGCCUAAGGAAAAAAAUCCUAACAAGCGUCGUCGAAUGACAAUCGAAGGCGUCAAACCACAAGACAGUUGGAUGCAGGUCAAAUGCCUGAUCAAGGACUGGGCUGACACAUAUGAGAAGGCGCUGGAGAAACUUCAGGCUCUGGAGUAUACGUCAGACUUCACUAGUGAAGAAGAGCUGGGUCGUGGCAAGCGAAAACGCCGUCCGACCUUUCCUUUUGACUAUGAUGACAGCACCGACACUACAGGUUCCGACGAUGAAUAUGAACCACCAAAACCACCCACGCCACCCCAGCCACGGAAGAAAACAGGUGCCAACUUCUCUAAGUCACCUCUGCAUCACUCUGCCCUGUACGAAACUGUCACGUCCCAAGCCACAUCCCAAGCACGUGCCCAGUCUUCACGCAUGCAGCCACAGUACAUAGGUCUCGACAAUGUCCCGCUUGUACACGCAUCCCACACGAACAGGAUGAUGUCCCGCCCGAGCAUCCAGCCUACAGGUGAUGACUUGGGUCCACCAGUGCACACACCAUAUGCGAACAUUUUGCCCCAUUCAAGUAUCCAGCCCACAGGUGUCCACAGCGUCCCCCCAGUGCACACUCUAUACAGGAGCAGGACACCUCACUCAAGCAUCCGGCCUGCAGUUGCCAAUGAUGUCCCUCUAGCGGCGGCAACACUGUGGCAGCAACACCACGAUGCACCUGUAACCCCUAUGAACAUGUCUCACCCUGGCACUGGACGGGUAAACACAGAUGCACAGGUGCCUGUGUUUAUGGAAGGGAUCCUGUUGGCACUGAAUUCCAUCAAGGUGACACAGCAGACCCACUCCGAGUACUUUAGCUUGCUGCUCAGAAACACCGAAGAUGCCCCACUUGAUCCAGAGGGCCUGCCGGACUUGCCUUUUUCUACAGAACAGGACUUCGUGCACUUCGACAAAGAGCUGGAGGUCGACAAGAGAGCAAGACUUUGUAUGAUAAAUGAUGUUAGUAGUUUAAUGUUAGCCCAUAUUUCUGAUCUGAUUGCUGUUUUGAUUCUUUUUUACCAGAGACAACACAUGUUAGUUCAAGGAGGUGAUACACCUAAAGAACGGACCACCCGAAUUUUGAGAAGUAUACUAUCUUCAAGUGUCGCAGCCGAGUACAGCUGGUGUGGCGCCAAGGGAAAACACAAGUUUUCUGAUCUCAACAUCUGCAAGCUCCUGUGUAGCACCCUCACCUACCGUCAAAACUUGGAAGAAGCCAAGGCAACUAAGAAGGACAUAGAAAAAGCAGGCAUGUCGUGGCUCCGUCAUUCUGCUGAGCGGGCAGCGGCAGAAAAAAAGUCCAUGGGAAGGAAGGACGGCACACCAUUUACACUAGACUAAGAAAUCACUUCAACAGGGCAGCCCUUUGAAAGGAACUAUGCAAGUCUGUUUCUUAACGUUUUGCACUACAAUUUGCAACAGCGGUGCCCGCAGGGAGUGUGGUACUGUAUCUGGAGAGCUACAUUUUCAAAGAAACAACUUAAUUGAGUAAAAGUUUAAAAGUCUGAAUGCUUUUCUCUACAUAUGGUGUUUGUUUGCUUAUGGCACACAUCUGAUUGUUGCAACAGCUGAUAAACUGCAGCAGCAGUUCACAAAUAAAAUACUCGCAUAGCAUUUUUGGUUUGGAAAGACCGUCUGCUUUGACCGAGGGGGCCGUAUGUCGGCUGUUUCACCAGCCAGACUUGUGACGUUAGGCGAAUGCUGCAGAUAAGGAGAAGACAUUCCUAUUUUUUAACUUUCUUCUCAGGUAAAGCCAUUCAUUGAAAUAGUGAUGGAAAAUUUCACCACCUACGGAUACCAGUGUCGUAAAUUGUAGCACAGUACAUUAAGACAACAAUUUAUACAGUUCCUUUGAAGUGCCCUGUAUGUAAGAUGUGCACCAAUUUUUUUUUUGGCAAUUCACUAUCGAUUCAAUAUUCUAACAGCCAUUCUGGCAUUUCAGUUUCGUGAUACUUUAUACAAGAUGUAUUUGUCACACUUGUUUACACUACUCUUUUCUAUGCAGUUCAUGCAUUUUUUCCUGUAUUAAGCAAGUUCAGAGUCACUGAUGUCACUUGCUUUUAGUAUAAACUUAGCUAUUCAGUGCUCGACUGCUAUUGUAGACUUUGUGCAUUAUUUAAUGUAGAUGUCUGGUCUUGCUGACCUUGGUCACAUGGCAAUAUGUUUUCUAGAUUUUGCCAAAGUAAUUCUUUUGCACGACUUGCAUACAAUCAUUAUACACUGUUGGCACCUAAGCUGAAAGGGGGUUAGUCAUUUUUACUGGCAUUACUGUCCUGCAACUUGCAUUUUUAGUACUUGGCAUGUACUGCUUCUAUGCCUUGCCAUAACUGUAUUUCAGUUUUAGAUAAUGUGUUAUUUUUUUUAUAAUUAACAACUCUAGUGCAAUACUGUGAUAACAUAUUCUAUGUUUCUGCACUUCAAAGGAAAUGUUUGAGUGAUAUGCAGAAGUAAGCAUUCUAGUGAAAUACUGUGAUAAUAUGAGGGGGCAUCAAAACGUUUCUGAACUGGCAUCACUGAACAAAAACAAAACAAGUACAGCAGUGUGACACCAGCUGACACUUCCUGACAAGCUUGCAGUCUGUGCCGAAAUUUACUGUGCAGGGCGAGAGUGAUCUCUAGCUUGUUUGUUCAGAAGGGAUUUUGCAACUUUCUCACCGUGAAACACAAAUGAAAAACUCGAACCACGUCCAUACAUCAUUUUCUGUGAAAAUUGAGAAGAACACAUUAGAAACUCAGAAACUCCGUCAGCAAGCAUUCGGUGACUGAUCUAGGUUACACAAAUCUGUGAGUGGCAUGGACAUUUUAAGUGAGGCUGAGAAUGGCUUGAAAACAAUGAAUCAAGAGGAUGCCCUCCAACAAACCUAACAUUUAAAAAUGCAGAAAAAAUCCUCGUUAAUUCAGUAACACUUUCUGAGAACGAUUUCGGACAUUGCUGAACAACUCAACAUUAUUUAUGGUUC